UUCUCUAUAAAAGGGGUGCAGAGGACUGGGAGGCAGCAGUUGGAAGUUGGCAGGUGGAAAAGCAGGACUGCAAACUUCAAGAGGAGGACUUAACUAGCCAUGGCCGAGCCACUCUUGUCAGAAUAUCAACACCAGCCUCAAACUAGCAACUGUACAGGUGCUGCUGCUGUCCGUGAGGAGCAGAACCCUGACCGCCCCCCGGGCGCGGAGGAGCGGGUGCCCAAGGAGGACGGUAGGUGGCAAUCGAGAGCGUCCCCCCUGUCGGGCGGCUGUCCGGGGCUGGAGGGAGAAGGGAGCCUGGAGCCCCAGCCGCCUCCCAUGCAGACCCAGGCCUGUCCGGAAUCUAGCUGCCUGGACGCGGGCGAAAAAGGCCAGAAUGGGGACGACCUGUCCGCCGGCGGCGCCUCCCCGCCGCCGGGAGGGGAGCCGACGUCCGAGCCGCUCUCCCAGCCGGUUCCUGACCCCGAGACCAAGUUGGGGGCUCCCGCCGCUGAAGGCGAGGACGCGUGGGGACAGCAGCUGAGGCAGCUGGGCAAGAAAAAACAUAGGAGACGCCCCUCCAAGAAGAAGCGGCAUUGGAAACCAUAUUACAAGCUGACCUGGGAGGAGAAGAAAAAGUUUGACGAGAAGCAGAGCCUACGAGCUUCGAGGAUUCGAGCUGAGAUGUUCGCCAAGGGCCAACCGGUUGCGCCCUACAACACCACGCAGUUCCUCAUGGAUGAUCACGACCAAGAGGAGCCGGAUCUCAAAACCGGCCUCUAUCCCAAGCGGGCUGCGGCCAAGUCCGACGACACCAGCGAUGAGGACUUUAUGGAGGAGGCGGGCGAGGAGGACGGGGGCAGCGAUGGUAUGGGAGGUGACGGCAGCGAGUUUCUGCAGCGGGACUUCUCGGAGACUUACGAGCGGUACCACGCGGAAAGCCUGCAGAACAUGAGCAAGCAAGAGCUCAUCAAGGAGUACCUGGAGCUGGAGAAGUGCCUCUCACGCAUGGAGGACGAGAACAACCGGCUGCGGCUGGAAAGCAAGCGGCUGGGUGGCGAUGACGCGCGCGUGCGGGAGCUGGAGCUGGAGCUGGCCCGGCUGCGCGCCGAGAACCUCCAGCUGCAGACGGAGAACGAACUCCAUCGGCAGCAGGAGCGGGCGCCGCUUUCCAAGUUUGGAGACUAGACUGUAAACUUUUGGGGGGAGGGGGAAAGGGGGACUUUUUACAGUGCUGGAAUGUAACAUUAUACACAAGUGUAUAUAAGACAGUGGACCUUUUUAUGACAUAAUCAGAAGAGAAAAUCCCCUCCGGCUUUGGUUGGUUUGGUAAAUUUAGCUAUGAUGUAGCUUUGCGUGCUUUCUUCUGUUCUUUAAUUAUGUGAAACUGAAGGGUUGCUUUUCUUGUUUUCCUUUUUAAAGUUUUUUUAAUGUGUAAUUUGACCAAAUUAUAAUGCAUUUUUCUGUUAAGAGAAAUCCCCUCAAACCGAGCUAUAAGGUGGCCAAAUCUGAGAACCAAUAAAUUCUAGUUAUAAUAAAUUUAAUAUUUGUAAAUGUAA